AACAAAUAUUAAUAGCAACCUCCACUUCGCUUAUCCCACCCUUCACACACAAUUCCAACCUCAAAUCAAGAACAACAGCUAAUACAAAUGGGAGAGGAAGAAAAUAAAUUAGAGAAAACAAAAGCAGCGGAAAAGGAGCAGCCAAAAGAACCAAAAAAGGCAGAAACAACUGUAGUAGAAGAUAAAGGAGUAGAAAAAUUGAUGGAAGAACCAAAAUCCGAAGCCGCAGUUAUACCUGAAAUUGUGCUAAGAGUGUUCAUGCAUUGUGAAGGUUGUGCCCGCAAGGUUCGUCGUUCACUGAAGGACUUUCCAGGGGUAGAAACAGUGAUAACAGAUACUAAGUCUCAGAAAGCAGUGGUGAAGGGAGAAAUCGCAGAUCCACUUAAGAUCGUGGAAAGAGUGCAGAAAAAGAGUCAUAGGAAGGUGGAACUUCUGUCUCCAAUUCCAAAACACACUUCAUCAGGGGAUGAGAAAAAAUCACCAAUAGAAGAAGAGAAGACUAAGCAAAAGAAACAAGAGAUUAUAACUGUUGUUCUGAAAGUUCACAUGCACUGCGAAGCUUGUUCACAAGAAAUCAAGCGACGAAUACUCAAAAUGAAGGGGGUGGAAUCAGCCGAAGCAGAUCUAAAGAAUUCAUUAGUUAGUGUAAAAGGCGCCAUUGACGCUUUGAAGCUUGUUGACUACGUGUACAAGAGAACAGCAAGACAUGCAGUAAUAAUAAAGGUAGAACCACAGGAAACAUCGAAGAUUCAAGAAGAGAAACCAACAAAUUCAGAAGAAGAAAGAGCAAAAUUAAAGGAAGAAGAAAAGUCACAACAAGAACAAGUUGAUAGCACUGAAAAUAACAAGAAAGAAGAAGAAAAGAAGAAUAAAAAAGAAGAGAAAGUAGCUGAAGAAGAAAUAAAACAAGAAGAGAAAGAAAAAGAGGAUAAUAAUAAUAAUAAUAAUAAUAAUAAUAAUAAUAAUAAUAAUAAUAAUAAUAAUAAUAAUAAUAAUAAUAAUAAUAACAAAGAAAAAGAGAUUAGUUUGACUAAAAAUGAAUAUUACUAUUACCCACCAAGACAUGGAAUGGAGUUGUAUGUAUAUGCCUACAAUUAUAAUCUUUCACCACCUCCACCUAUUUCUCUUCUUAAUAAUGCACACCCUCUUUAUUAUCAAAACUAUCCUCCUCAGAUGUUUAGUGAUGAAAAUCCAGAUACAUGUAAUGUUAUGUAAAAAGUGAAUGAAUUAAAGGGUAUUAUGGAAUUUUUAUUGAAAAUUCUAACAUUUAAGAUAGUUGUAUCUUUUCUUCCUUAUUUGUGCAGUUAUUAUUGUAAUAUUACCUGAUAU